GGACAUCACCGCAGGGACAGACGCUUGUCCGGAGCAGAGAGGAGAAGAAGAAGAAGAAGAGGCCUCCGAGUCUGCAGCAUCACAAUCCCGCAGGAGGCAGGCAGGCAGGCGACCACCGUGUUUUUGGAUCACGAUGAUGCAAAGUGCGGCGGUUCUACCCACAGAGAGUCCAGUCAAGAGUUUACCGGAGAUUCUCGGAGCGCCACUGCAGCAGAUCCCUCAGUGCGCCGGCUGCAGUCAACACAUCCUGGACAAGUUCAUCCUGAAGGUUCUGGACCGACACUGGCACUCCAAGUGUCUCAAGUGCGCCGACUGUCUGAGCCCGCUGGCCGACAAGUGCUUCUCCCGGGCCGGGAGCGUCUACUGCAAGGAGGACUUCUUCAAGCGGUUUGGAACCAAAUGCGCAUCAUGCCAACAAGGGAUUCCUCCCACACAGGUGGUCAGGAAGGCACAGGACUUUGUCUAUCACCUGCACUGCUUCGCCUGCAUCAUGUGCAGCAGACAGCUGGCGACCGGGGAUGAGUUCUAUCUCAUGGAGGACGGGAGGCUGGUGUGCAAGGUGGACUAUGAGACCGCAAAACAAAACGAUGAUUCAGAAGCAGGGACCAAGCGACCCAGGACCACCAUCACAGCGAAGCAGCUGGAGACCCUUAAAAGUGCCUACAAAAACUCCCCAAAACCAGCGCGGCAUGUCCGAGAGCAGCUGUCGUCGGAGACUGGGCUGGACAUGAGGGUAGUGCAGGUCUGGUUCCAGAACAGAAGAGCGAAGGAGAAGCGUCUGAAAAAGGAUGCAGGUCGACAUCGCUGGACUCAGUUUUACAAAAGCGUGAAGAGGAACCGAGGUGGAGCCAAGGUGGAGAAGGAGAGUUCUGCGGACGACGCCGGCCUCAGCGACAGCGAGCUGAGCUUCAGAGAUGACCAGGUGUUGUCCGACCUCACCCAUGCCAACGGGCUCUACGGAAGCGUGGGCGACGUCACCAACAGUUCGGUUCUGAACGGUGGCUUCUCUGUUGACGCGGCAGGACAACCGUACCACGACAUUCGCGCGGGAAGUCCAUACGGUCUGCCGCAGUCGCCGUCCUCCAUCACCUCUCUGCCCGGUCACACCCCUCUCCUGAACAACCUCAGCUUCAACAUGGACGGUUUGGCGGUGCAGCCAGGAGGGGUGGGGCAGGCGUUAAGGGCCAUGGCGGGAGGUCCGACAUCAGACCUCUCAACAGGCAGCAGUACAGGAUACCCAGACUUCCCCACAAGUCCUGCCUCCUGGCUGGAUGAGAUGGACCAUUCCCAGUUCUGAAGAAGGCUGCUUUGAACAGACUCUUUUUACACGUCUUUCUAUCUGGCUGAACUGGCUGGACAAAACAACGUCCCUCCUUAACCGUACGUCACGAGUCGCCACUUAUCAAAUUGGGUUGAAAAAGAGACUGCGUCUAUGAGCUACGACAUUCAAGAGAGCCGAGUCCCUCGUACGACCCAGGAGGCACCUGCAUGCUUCUGAUACAUAGAACUGCUGGCCAUCCUAAAGCCUUCACAUUGGCAAUGCACUUUACUCUGCUCUUCUUUUUCUGCACAUGAGAUGGACUGAAGUGAGUAUCGAUCAGAAAAAAGAGGGGAGACACAUGCACAAGGCAACACAGUGUUUCAGAGGAAUUUACAAACGCUGUGGCACAAGUGUGAAUUUUUACCCAUGUUUUCUAAUGUAUCGCUAAGCUUACUGACUCGGUCACAGAGUCGUCGCUCUGCCUGUCUCUGUGGGGGUCAACUUGUGUUUUGGGAGGAUCUCUGUGCUUGACUUGUCUGUAUAGCAGAGUUAGUAUUUGUGUUCCUGGACAUUAACACUUGCGGAUGCACACAAAAGUAUCACCAACUACCAACAAGUAUCGCAGCCGAGGGCUGAGAACCGCUGUCUUUGUGGCGGCCGCUCCGUGUCCUCUGUCUGAUCCAGGCUUCUCCUGGUAAUCUACUCAGUACAGUAGAGAUCUAGAUUUGCCUGCUAUCAUCCUACUUAGUAACCCCAGAUGUGUCGUCAGCCUGUCCUCCAACUGUCAAGCCUCCGUGUCAGAGGGAUUAUCACAUAUUCCCCCCACUGUCAGGGCAGAUCAGAGCUGGCAUGACUGAAUGUUUCUUACACUUCAAGGCCGUUUCAGCUGCGAAACUCCUGUUCCGUUUCUCACCGCUGCAGCAAACGAAAUGCCAACUCCGGUUUUCAAUCAUCUCACCUAAGAAUGCCAAGCAGGUCGAGAGCAGCACCGUCAAGCGAAUCAUGUACAAAGACUUUGUGGGUUUUGCUGGAGUCUGCAUUCGCCUCAGAAUUUUUGGUGUUAUAAUUGUUGUAAAUUUUGUACAGUUUGAAAACGUGUGGAUCGUCUUGUUUCAUGAGUGCUAUUUAUUAUUGCCAUGUGUCUUUGAGAAUAUGUUAAAAAGAGAGCACUGACUAAUUCAUUUAUGCCUUCUGUGUAAUGGUAUGAGCUGUGUACAGUCAAAUCUAUAUGAGGAAAAUAAAUCUGAAUUGUCUUUGGGUUAA